AUGCAAAUAAUCAAAAAACUCAAAUCCCUCUUUGGCAGAGCACGACGUCAGCCACCUACUGUAAAGACACCCUACCGGGAUAUCCCACUAGACAUUCUCUCCAUUAUACUAUUCUACAUUAGUCAAGAAUCCGACCCUUCUACCAAACGCAAAUCACUUCACUCGUGUCUCUUGGUCAAUAGAACCUGGUGUGCUAUUGUCAUUCCAAUGUGUUGGUCGGAUCCAUUCAGCAUAAUUCAAAGUGUAUACGCUAUCGACACAUAUUUGAACUUUCUAUCGAGAAAGGAACGACGAGGGUUGACGAUGAGUGGUAUCGUUCUUCCCGAAAGACAAAAAUCAAAACUUUUCGAUUACCCUACUUAUUUGAAAGAAUUAAAGUUGAGUCAGUUGUGGAAUGCGGCAGACGACUGGUGGAUUAUGAAAUCGAGGACUCGUUUCAGAAUAGACAAACAAAAGAGAAUUCUAACAAAGACAUUAGCCAAAUUAUUCUUGGGACCAAGAUCGAGGAUCCGAUGCCUUACGAUCGAUUCUUCAAUUUUAAUAAAAAGUGACUUUGUAGACCUUCGAUCGACUCUUACCCAGCUAAAUCAAGCCGUGAAUCAGCUUUGCAUCGACAAGGUAUUCGACUGGUCGAUGUUUUCGGCUAUACAAAACUCUCCUGCAGUAGAGUCUAUUACAACAUUGGAUUUGGGCGAGUAUGUUUUCAUGUCUGACACGCCAAACAUUUCGAUAACAGACCAAUUGCUUCUCGUCGAGUUGAUAUCAUCCAUACGGAAGUUACGACGUAUACGUAUAUACGGGCAUGGCACUAUGCCCACAGAAGUGCUUAGGUCGCUCGGCAAACAUGCAAACAAUCUCAAGUCAAUUACAUUAGAGUAUAUGGAUUUUAAUCUCCUUGGUGAUUCGAAUGCCAUGCAGGCAAUAGAAGCUUGUGGGCUGCUAGAGGAGCUCGAAAUCAUCAACUGCUUGAAUGCGACAGGGCAACAGCUUGCCCCUCUGAUAGAUGUGAGAUUUCCUCAUAUGCAUACGCUGCAGAUUAUCACAUCGACGUCCGCGUUCGAGACUCUCUUCAUCUCGCUCGCUAGCACCAACUCUGCGACGCUCCGUAAUCUAGCAUUUCAUCCAGCCGAUAAUUACGUUCCAUCGCCUUUACGACCAACGUCGAUAGAAGUGAUAUCAACGCUACCGCAGACAUUCGGUAAACUCGGUAUCCCGUUUAAUCCAACGGACAUGUCGUUACUUAGAAAACUGUUAUCUUGUCCAGAGUUUGCUAUUGAAGAAUUGAAUUUAUUCUCGUGGAAACGAAAUCCAGAGAGGUGGCAUAGGUUGGACAUUGACUUGCCGGAAUGUUUGAAAUUGAUUCGAAUAUAUACUAUUGGCGGGUCAAGAGUAAACGAUUUUGAGAACAGCCUGGGGGGAAGACGGAACAAUCUCAGGUUGGAGUGGAUUUACCUUCCAAGAUGA